GCUUUCAACCAACUUCAAACGUUUUUGUCAGUCAGAAUAACGGUGGUACUGAUCACUAAUAGUCCUGGCUGGUUCAGCUGCAUGUUUAGUCCUGUGCUUCAAGAUGUGGUCAAACAUGGGAAUCCUGAUCUGGUUCUUUAUAGUUUCUGGCUUGUUAAAAACAACAGCGCUACAGAUUUCACAAUGCACUUUGCAGAAGGAUUUUUUAGAGUCGCUGAAACCUCAAGAUUUAUUUUAUUAUUUUGAUACUAUUUCCACUAAAUCAGUGCCUCACUUUGAGCUGGUGUGGGUGAAUUGCUCGAGGAAUGAGUCUUUCAGGGGGCUGUGGAGGUGCUCGUUUCAGACCGAAGAAGAGAGAUUUGAGUUGGGCCAGCACAGAGAUGAACGACCAGUGUCCUGUCCCACAAGUCUGGAAAUGGUGAUCAAUUCAACGGUUAGUGUGGUGAAGAAGAGGGAGGACAUGUGCUGUGAGCAGCUGAAGUUACUGAGACCAGCACAUACAAGAACUCUUCUCCCCGUCUGCCAUGGCAAAUUACAAGGUCUGAUUCAAUAUGGGGAGAGGAGGCUGUGUAUUCGCCCAGUGCUUCAAAAACACAUAGACCAUCUGAAGGAUCUUAAUAUGGAUUUACCUUCGGGUGUACCUCACCUGCUAUUAACCCACACAUUACCAGCGAGGACACAUCUUAAACAACCCAAGAGUCCUCCAUAUGAUCUGGAUACGGCCCGGGUCAGAUUGACUACAUCAUGUGGCGUGUUCGUGUCUAGGCGCGGGUCCUCCAUCUGA